ACCGUAUCCCCGUCCACCCGCAUUCAAACCCCCUUAGACACAGGCCCUACGUGACACUACCCACGUGCCCCAUCGCGCCAUCCCACUAGCGCCCCGACCCUGAGCGUUUCUUUCCGCGACCGGCCUCGGUUUCGGAAAAGCGCCAGCGGCCCCAACCAGCCGACCUCGCCCAUGACCGCCCAACGUUUCCUCAAAAUGUCGCUUCUGCUCUCCCACCCUCUGUGCCCACAGACUCGAUGAGCCCACCACACCCACCAUGACACCAACCGCCAGCGCCUGGCUCCGUGCGAGCCCCCGGCGCAUCACUUAUCCUCGGAACCGCACUUUCGUUCCGAGACCCUCGACCUGUGGUCCGCGAGCAGUGCGCCGCGGCCACAGCACCCAGACCCCAGCGGCACCGACACCGAAGUCUGCUGCGUCUACACCGUCUGCACCGUCUGCACCGUCUGCACCCGCCCCGCCCACCUCGAUCCCCGGCCCCGGGUACCUGUGGCUGCAGCCCGCGCUCGAGCCGUUCCGCGCGUACGGACGCGUGCAAGCGCGCAGGCCGUACUGGACGCAGUUUGUCAGCUCAUUGGUUAUAUACUGUGUUGGGGACAUGGUUGCGCAGGGGAUUGCUGAGCCGACAGCUGUACAGGAAGCGGAGGGGGGACUUGAGGGGGGCCUUCAAGAGGACGUUGAAGAGCGCGGCUGGGUGCAGGCGUGGAGCGAGGACCGCGACUGGGCGCGGACGGGGCGCGCGGUGGUCAUCGGCGGCCUCAGCAGCAUCCCCAGCUACAAGUGGUUCCUGUGGCUGAGCGUCAACUUCAACUACCCGUCCAAGAUGCUCAGCUUGACGGCCAAGGUGGUCGUGAGCCAGGUCCUCUUCACGCCCGUCUUCAACUCGUAUUUUUUUGGCAUGCAGACGCUGCUCGCGGGCGCGUCGCUGGAUGAGUGCGCCGAGCGCAUCCGCCGCACCGUGCCGACGAGCUGGGUCAACAGCUGCAAGUUCUGGCCCGUGAUUACCGCGUUUAGCUUCACGUACGUGCCGAUCCAGUACAGGAGUAUCUUUGGCGGCGUGAUCGCGAUUGGCUGGCAGACGUAUCUGAGUCUGCUGAACCAGCGGGCGGCGGCGGAGGAGCUGCUCGAGCACGGGGGCGCGGCGCAUGCCCCGGUGGCGGCGGUGGCGGAGCGGGAAGAGCGGUAUAGCGGGAAGGAGAAGUGCGCUGCUUGAGUGGUGUUGGACGGCACUUCGGGCCUGGUGGCGGGGUUUCUUUUGUCAUAGACCGUAUAAGAGGGGGUUGCAUUGCGAGGCGUUCAGUUCGAGGUCAUCACUAUAUCCGGUCAACAAAGCCACAUACCACUUAGACGAAAAUCACACAUCUUCAUCCCACCAGACGGGCUGACAGGCUCUGUUCCGAAGAUCCUAGUCACAGCGUUGCUCAAACCAAACAGCACUGCCACAACUCCAAGCAGACA